AUGGUAACCCUAGCCCCGCCCCCUCCGCGGAACCAUGGCAACCUCGGCCCCGCCCCUCCGCGGAACCAUGGCCCCGCCCCCUCAGCCGCGGGGGGAACCAUGUGCCUGUCUGACACCGGGCCGCGGGCGGGCGGGGCCGACUCAACGAUUGGCUGUCUGGCAGCGGGCGGCUUUCCGAUUGGCCGUCUGGCCCGGGCGGCGGGUGGAGAGCGGCUCCCCGAUUGGCUGUCUGCUACCAACGGCUGGGAGCGGGAGCGGGAAGAGGGGGUCUCCCCGUCCCCCUCGUCCUUCCCCUCCCCCUCGUCCCCCCGGCACGCGCGGUGCGAGCUGCUGGCGGGCCGGGCGCUGCACACAAGUCCGUAUGCCGAGCUGCUCCUUGAGGCUAUGAGAACCUCCGGCUGUGCCGUUUACAGAGAUCGACACUUUUCCUGCGAAGACUGUGACGGCAACGUCAGUGGCGGUUUUGAUGCUUCGACAUCCCAGAUCGUUUUGUGCCAGAACAACAUCCGCAACCAAGGUCACAUGAACAGGGUGGUGACCCACGAGCUGAUUCACGCCUUUGACCACUGUCGUGCCCACGUCAACUGGUUCACCGACGUCAAACACUUAGCCUGUUCGGAGGUGAGAGCUGCUAACCUCAGUGGAGACUGCUCACUUGGAAAUGAACUCACCAGGUUUAAUUUUGGAUUCAAGAAACACCAUCAGACCUGUGUACGAGAGAGAGCCCUUCGCUCAAUUUUGGCCGUCAGAAAAGUUAGCAGAGAAGCCGCGGAAAAGGCCGUCGAUGAGGUGUUCGAUUCCUGCUUCAACGACCGCGAACCUUUCGGAAGAAUUCCCCACGGCAAGAAAGAUGCCAGAUUCGCUUACAGAGAUUUUCAGAAUCGCGAUCGCUAUUAUUCGAAUGUAUGACGACGGGCUCAACUUGACCGUUCGAAAAGAUGGUUCGGACUGCAACCCUGAAAUUUCCAUUUCCAUAGGGGUCACGUAUGACAGAGGCAGCUCCACCGAAGCCCCCAAAACAGAGUAAAAUAUCAGUACGUUUGGAAUUUUCCUCUUUUCAACAUGCUAGAUCUUCAGUACUUUGAGAAAUGUAAAAACAUUCCUUUCUUGUCACUCAGUGGCAACUUACCGUGUGCUUAGCACUGUUCUAAACACCGAGGAGAGUACAGUGGAGCUGGUAGGCGCGACCUCUGCCUUCAAAGAGCUUUGUUGUAUCUUAUUCCUGAGGUAAAUUAAAUUGGAGGAUUUUAUAGACUCUGUGAAACUUCUAAUAAAUGUUUUUGUCGCCUCACGUAA